UAAUAUUUAAAAUAAAGAAAGAUGUUCAAACAAGCUGCCGGACUUCAAGGGCUUCUCAAAGAAGGAUCAAGACAUUACACAGGAUUAGAGGAAGCCAUCCUCAAGAAUAUUGAUGCUGUCAAGACUUUGUCUAAAAUGACAAGAUCUUCACUUGGACCACAUGGUAUGAACAAGAUGGUCAUCACCCACAUUGGAAAAUUGAUUGUCACCAGUGACGCUGCCACAAUUGUCAAGGAGGUCGAAGUGCAGCACCCAGCAGCCAAAAUGGUUGCCAUGGCUGCCGCAAUGCAAGAAAGUGAAGCAGGAGAUGGAACUAACUUUGUUCUGACCCUUAGUGGAGAGCUUAUGCAGCAAGCUGAGAACCUUAUUCAAGAAGGACUUCACCCAAGUGAUAUCCUCCUUGGAUAUGAGAAAGCUUCUCAGAAAUGUCUUGAAUAUUUAGAAUCUUUGGUAUGCUACUCUAUUGAAGACAUGACUAAUCUCGAAGAAGUUCAAACAUGUAUCAGAAGUGUAGUUGCCUCCAAGCAUUAUGGAAAUGAAGACCUUUUAGCUCCACUCAUUGCUAAAGCAUGCAUCUAUGCUAUGCCAGAGAACCCAAGAGACUUUGUUGUUGACAAUGUCAGAGUGACCAAAAUUCUCGGAGGUGGACUCACUGAUAGUCAAGUAAUCCACGGAAUGUGUGUCAUCAGAGGAUCUGAAACAACUAUCCACAAUAUCAAGGAAGCUAAAGUUGCCGUAUUCAACUGCCAACUCGAAGCUGAAAACGGAGAUACUAAAGGAACUGUACUUCUCAGAACUGCUGAAGAACUUUCAAACUACACUAAAGGAGAAGAAGAAGCUAUGGAGAAAUUUGUUAAGAAACUUCACGACACUGGAAUCAAUGUAGUAAUCUCAGGUGCUUCUAUUAGUGAAGUUUGCCUCCAUUACAUGGAAAAAUACAAGAUCAUGGUUUUGAGAAUCCACUCUAAAUUUGAAACUAAGAGAAUUGCUUCUUCUCUUGGUGGAGCUAUCCUUGUCAGAAUGGAUGCUCCAACUCCAGAAGAAGUAGGACAUGCUGAUGAAGUUUACACUACAGAAAUCUCAUCCACCCAAUGCACUAUCUUCAGAAGAGAUGAAGUUGAUAACAGAAUCGGUACCAUAGUAUUGAGAGCUAGUACUAUCAACGUAUUAGAUGAUGCUGAAAGAGCUAUUGAUGAUGGAGUAAACACUGUCAAGAACAUGUCUAAAAACUCAGCUUUCUGUGCUGGAGCAGGAGCAACAGAGAUUCAUCUCUCCUCUCAACUUCAAACUUAUGCCAAGACCCAACCAGGACUUGAUCAAUACGCUGUUGAAAGAUUUGGACAAGCCUUUGAGAUAAUUCCUAGAACACUUGCUGAAAAUGCUGGCCUUAAUGCUGAAGAAAUCAUUGCCAAGCUCUUCUCAGAGACCGCUAAAUCUCCAUUCUAUGGAAUCGAUGUCGAAGACGGAAAAGUUAAAGACAUGAAAGCUCUUGAAAUCUAUGACUCCCUUGAAUGCAAGAGCUGGGCAAUAAAACUAGCAGUUGAUGCCGUUCUCACAAUCUUGAAGGUUGAUCAGAUUAUUAUGUCUAAGCCAGCAGGAGGGCCAAAGCCAAGAGAUGCUAGGGCUCCAGAUUUAGACUAA